UUGCAGCCCGGGCGUCUGAGGAGAUCAGUCAACAACAACUCAGUGCACAGCGUCUUAUCAAGAUGAAUACAGCAUAUAGCCUGUUGCUCUCAGUGGCUUUGACAAGCUUGACACUGACAGGAACAUUUGGAGCUGAUAUCAUCAAUGGCAAAAAAGUCAAGAAGAACUCCAUGCUUUACAUGGCAUCAGUUCAGAUUGAAGGAAAACACAGAUGUGGAGGAUUCCUGAUCGACCCGAGCUAUGUGAUGACAGCCGCACACUGCGAUGAAAAUGGCAACAUGACUGUGAUCUUGGGCAACCACAACAUCAGUCCACAGGAGGCGAAUCUGAAAAGAUAUACAGUGCAAAAUAAACAUAAGCACCCAUCUUUCAGACACCCAAAAAAUGGCUAUGACAUCAUGCUUCUCAAGCUAUCCAAGAAGCUGAAAACCAGCAGAGGUGUGAAAACCAUCAAAAUCCCAAACAAACCACUGAAGCCUAAUUCCAAGUGCCAGGUUGCGGGAUGGGGUAAAACUGAAAAGCAAAAUGUGGUUGAUGAUCUGCUGGUGACCGAUGUGUUGACUAUCAACUUCACAGCCUGCCAGACGAUGUGGAAAAAACUGCGAGUGAAACUCCCAGACAAUGUCCUGUGCGCUGGGAGUUUCAAGACAAAAAGUUGUGCUAGUCAGGCCGAUUUGGGUGGACCGCUUGUGUGCAGUGGGAAAGCGGUGGGCAUCGUCUCUUUGGAACGCUGUGACUCCCCAAAUGUUCCCAACAUUUACACUGAAAUUUCAAAAUACACAGUAUGGAUCAAGAAGGUGAUCAAUGGAGGUGCCUGAUGCCUUUGAAACGGAAUUGUAUUGUUGUGCAUGGUGGUGUGAGAGGUCAUUCAGUCUCAGUGUUUCUUAGAUGGUCACAAAAAUGUUAUUGGUGUAUGAGGCAGGUUGAAAAAAAUUUUUUGCUUCAGAAAAAAAAUCACAUUAGUUAGUCUAAAGGAAAGUUCUCAUCAUUUGUUGUAUUUUUUUAAAACAGACCUCUGCUCAACUAUGUAGGCCAUGAUGGUCAAACCCACAAACCCUGUUUUUUUUUUCCACACACAUACAUGUUCUCAUAAUCUAACAUGUUCUGGUAAUACAAUGUUUGCGGCCAAGGAAAAACUUUCAAAAUGAGUCAAGACGUGCAGAAAGGAGUUGGGUCCAUCUUGUCACAAAUGCAGCAUCACUCUGUGGUAAAGCUAGAAUAGUGUUAUUAAGUAAAGCUUUUAUGUAGUCAACAGAUCGUUUCUGAGAUUAACUUCCAUAGUCUUGUAAACAAUGUUAAAAACAGCUAUUUGACACCUGAGUUUGCUGUAUUCUGCAAUUGAUUACACGUACAAUACUAACCAAAUAAAUGCUUUUGCUAAUGA